CUGAAUUACGAAUAUCCGCAACGCAUCUAGAAGAUUUGUCACAGAAACUCAUAUACGGCAUUUCCAUGAGUUAACCAGGCCCCGCCCCCUAUCACGCCCAUUCGCGUCACGGUUCUAAAAUCCAUGGAGCCGAAAUAGAGUCAGAAGGUCUGAUAAAGCAAGCAAGCAACAGUCGUUACACCGCCGCGGACUUAUUCAACUUCCACGGCUCUUUCCCUAUCCGGGUUUUAUCGUGAUUAUUUUUUUUUUUGCUUGUUUUUCUGACGAGGAACGAUCAUUGAAGUCCCCCGACGCCGAGGAGUUUGUGUCGGGCACCGGGGAAAAGCAACAACGCGUGAGGCGGUGCCCGCAAGUAAGCUAACCUCCUGGACUAGGGCGGAAACAAGAAUGGGGUAAGCGGGCGAGCCAACGGACGACGUUGUAACCAGACGAGUCCCCGCUCGGCAGCACAGGUGCGCGAAGGCGUCAUGGCGCUGCUGCGGAUGAAACUGAAGGUUCUGUUGACCGUCAUGACGGUCAACGUCUUCAUCUUCAUCGUGAUCUUCCGACACGGCGGGCGGGACAAGGGCUUGCAGGACAAGGUGCUUAUCCCCUCCAAGGCCUUCUGGAAAAAGAUGACGCAGAGCUCGGGUUACUGGAACCUUCAGCAGCAGAUUCUGGACUUCCGACACAACCCCAUCCUGGCCAACCACAGAACCGCCGACUUGCCCGAUUGGCUCAAUGAAAGCCACGUGUCGUUCAACUCCUGUCGACCCGACACCAGGGUGACCACUCGUUUGAAAGACUACAACUCCCUACCUUUGCGAUUCAAGGACUUCCUGCUGUACAUGCACUGCCGCUAUUACCCGGUCUUGAUGGACCAGCCGGACAUCUGCCAGGAGCAGCCCUUCCUGCUGCUAGCCGUCAAGUCCCUGGCGCCCCAUUUCGACAGGCGUCAGGCCAUACGCCAGUCUUGGGGCAGGGCGGGAGUGGUCGCCAACCGCACCGUGGUGACCAUCUUCCUCCUGGGCCAGACCAUGGCCGGAGACCACCACCCGGACCUGUCGCCCAUGCUGAGCUACGAGAGCGACCAACAUCGGGACAUCGUUCAGUGGGACUUCCGGGACUCCUUCUUCAACCUGACUAUUAAGGAAGUCCUCUUUCUGGACUGGAUCCAGACACGUUGCCCAGGUGCCAGCUUCGUCUUCAAGGGGGACGACGACGUCUUUGUCAACACCUACGCCAUCCUGAGCUUCCUGGGAGGGCUGUCUGCUUCCAAAGCCGCGGACCUCUUCGUGGGCGACGUCAUCACCAACGCCGGGCCGCACCGGGACAAUAAGUUGAAGUACUUCAUCCCGGAAAGCAUGUACAUCGGCUCGUAUCCGCCUUACGCCGGCGGCGGCGGCUACCUGUACUCGGCUAGCGUGGCCGCCCGCCUGCAUGCCGCCUCCCACCAGGUGGCGCUCUACCCCAUCGAUGACGUCUACACGGGCAUAUGCCUGAUGAAGUUGGGGCUGGGCCCCGAGAAACACAAGGGCUUCAGAACCUUCAACAUCGAGGAGAAGUACCGCAACGUCCCGUGCGCCUACAAGGGCUUGAUGCUAGUCCACCCGCGCACUCCGCAGGAGAUGAUCCAAAUCUGGUCCUGGCUCAACCAGUCAGACCUCAACUGCCAGUAGAAAGUGCCCACCCAUGGCAGUUUGUCGCUGUGCUCAUUUGGAACUUCAGGCUGGAAAGGUUUGCUCCAUUUGGGAGCACCAGAGUAUUUCGGGCUGCCAUUUUACAGUAAGGGUACUUGUGGUUAUUUAUUUUUUUUAGUUUUUAAUAUCAGGCGUAUCUAAAUUUUACCACAAUUUUACUAAAUUUUAUCGAUGUACCGUAUUGUUUCGAAUCGUUAUUAGUUAAAACCUCAUUUGAGAGUCCCCUUAUUGUAAAGUGGCGCCGUUAUUUAUUCAUUUGAUCUUCUCGCUUCGGUGUACAAAGAGCUCGAACCAAAAAUGUGUUUGUCUUGGGCGCACAUAUUUAUACGGUUGUAACUAUUUAUAAACGCUUUAACACUGUCCGCUCUCCACAGGGGGGGCAUCCAAAAUGCUGUAUUAUAUCGGAACAGACAUGAGAAAGCAGGCGUGGGCUCUGAACAGUGUCUUCGGAGUCGGAAAAUCUUUUAUCAGAGAUGGAUUUGAUCAUUUAUGGAUCUGUGCCUUUCAUAUGAUUUCAUACCACAAAUUAGAUUAGAGUCUGGUGUUUACUGUACCCGCUGUUAGCUUUGGAGUAGCCGCUGUCCAGCCUCUGAUGCUACCACAGAAGCUGGAAAAUCCUCGGGUCAUACGUAGAAGUUCAGCGUAAAACAAAUUGGUAUUUCAGAGACUAGCUUUCGUGCCUUUCUCACGGAGACGCAGCAUUUCGCAAUGUCACAUCAACGUCUGGUGUCUCGUUUUUUUUUUUUUUCACACCGGUCAUAUUUCUCACAGCUGCCGUCCUGUCCCUGAUACUACCUCAGAAGCUGGAAAAUCUGCAGUAUUCUCAUUUCAUAUCCUUUCAUACAUAUGUUGAAAAAAAUAAUUUCUUAAUAAUUUGGUGGAGCAAAAAUAGUUGACGCACCUUUGUCGGUAUCAUUUACCUAGUAACAAUUUUUUUUUUGACUUACCGUCCUCAUGUCGAUUUCAAAACAAUCUAAUUGUUGGUGAUGGUUGUCUUGUUUUCCAAAAAAUGGUCAAAUAUGACAUAGGCAACUCUAUGCAUAACACUUCUGCACACUAGUCGGACAAAUUUUCCAUACAAGUAGGACGACUACGUGUUGUGAGUGUGGCCAAACUGCAUUAGUUGACACGGUGUGUUGAUAGAGCACCACUUGACGUUAACUAGUUGAAUUACCAGUAGUACAAGUAAGGACAGCUGUUUUAGCAAUUUAUUCAAUAUCCUUGAUUUCAGUUGUAAGGUCCGUGUGUGUGUUUUGUUCAAUUCAGCUCACUAGUUGAAAGAUGGCAGUGCGUUAGUGGAACCACUGGAGGCUUAGUUGCCGCUGCUUCCGUCAUCCAUUCGGUAUUUUAUCAGGGCUAAUGUGUCGGCCAUAUUGGCGGUUAAGGUCCUCGCGGGUGUCAACUUUGCCAGCCUGCUUUUGUGAAGCUUUUGUGAUGCCAAAAUCCGGCAAAGAUGCAAUGUUAAUGCAAAGCAAGAGAGGAAAUGGGAAAAGUUGGAAAUUGGAAAAGUUAGCGUUAUUUUCCAGGACAGAAUGUUUGCGUUGAAAAGCUUUUUGUGUUAGGAAUGAUUUUUUGGUACAAAUAUGUUUGUUUGAUGCAAUGACACGUUUUUAUUUCCAGGAAAUUAAGAAUGAAUUUGUCAAGUGUCUGACUAACUUCAUGUACUUAACACUGUAAAAAAAAAAAAGUUCAAAUAUUUUUUUACACUUCUGUCAGGAAGAAAAAGCUCAGACGCUAGGUGUCGAUUAGCUUUACUUGUCACCGUCUUCCGUUAUUACCAAUUUGAAUAAUCAAUGACGUUUUAAAAAAAAAAAAAAAAGUUGAUGGUGUGCUGCAUGAAAGCGGGUUAAGACGCCUCCUGCUGGUCAGGUUGGUCAUCUGCGCUGCUGUAAAGAUAAGCGGUUAGGUUCUUUUUUGUUAUUAAGUAUCUUCUUAUUUAUGUUCUCGCUCAUAUAGGACAAUCACAAAACAAAAUUCAAAAUGGUUUAAAUGAAUUGACACAGUUUGAAGAGAUGACAUUGUAUGCCGUCAUGAUUACUUGAAAAGUUUACGUUCAAAGUCAUCGCUGCUCUGUCAAACAUUUUAGAUAUUUGUUUUCUCGGAAGACUUUCACUGUCUUACUUUUUUUCUCGUUUUGUGACUUUAAAACACUGGUGUUAGCUGUUUGUUGCGUGAGGUUAAAUAAGAAAUGAAUAUUAAAUCUUAUAAUUGAUGUACAAACAGUACACUAGCAUCAAUUUCACGAGAUUAGAGCUUUAAGGUGAUGAUGUCAGGAACAUUUUGAAAGUGGUGUGCAGAAUUAUUUUAAAACCGCACUCAGGGUAAAGACUGAUAUGUUUGCUAAACGACGGUUGUGCUCGUACAAACGAGAAGUGGUAUGUGAUACGAUGUUGUGAUGCCGACCAACGAUUGUAUGACAUUGGACAAAAAAAAACAUGAGAAAGGAGUUUUUUCUUCAAUUAAAUGACGAUCAAUACGGUUAGCGACCUUGAUACAAAACCGACUUAUAGCAUAUCUAGUUCCAAACUGAUCGCAGACCAAAUCUGUGCCUGAUGUUUGUGCUUUUGAUAUGUCAAAGAUGAAAUGUAAGUGUGACUGCUUUUUAUCAUUUGGAUUAUAUUGAUAAUUGUGUAUUCUGUUGUUGUUUUUACAGUAUGCUGUUCUGUGACUUUUUAUUGCAACAUCAAUAAAAUGAAGACAUGUGGAAGCUUC